AGCAAACAGGUGAUCAUAUAGAUUUGAGAGCUCAUCCCCCUCCUAUAUAAACAGCUUUCAGAGCUUUUCAGAGUUGUAAGGAAGAGAAACAAAGAGAGAGAAGCAUAAGAGAGGAAGGGAAAUCAGAAGCUGAAAGAUAAAACUCAUAAAAGAGAGAAAGAUAUCGAAUCCGAUAUGGUUUCUAGGGAGCACAAGAGAGCAGCACUUUAUGAGAAGCUGCAACUUCUUCGUUCCAUUACUAACUCUCAUGCUCUAAACCAAACCUCAAUCAUAGUAGACGCAUCAAAGUAUAUUGAAGAGCUAAAACAGAAAGUGGAAAAACUCAAUCAAGACAUUGCAAAUGCAACUUCAAGUCAUGACCAAAAUCAAUUGCCAGUGCAGGUUACAGUGGAAACCCUAGAAAAGGGGUUUCUGAUAAAUGUGUUUUCGGAAAAGAGCUGCCCCGGUUUGCUUGUGUCUGUACUGGAAGCCUUCGAAGAGUUGGGUCUAAAUGUGCUUGAAGCUAGGGUUUCCUGUGCAGAAAGUUUCAGACUGCAGGCAGUUGGAGGAGAAAAUGAAGAAGAAGGCGAAGGGAUUGAUGCUCACGCAGUCAAACAGGCAGUGGCUGUGGCUAUUAAGAGCUGGAGUGAAAGUACCGAACAUGAGUAAUCAAGCUUCGGUUAACAUAUUAAUGCUCUACCUAAGUACCUAGCUAAUUAUAUAUCUCAAUUUGGGAUCAUCAAUUUCCAUCCCCUUCUUAUUUCUUGUGUAGCUAGCUAGCUAAGCUACGUUGGCAUGAAUGAUCUUGAUCAAGGAAUCAAGCUUUUAAAAGAAUGAGUAAUUAUGUGCGAUUAUUUGAUCAUAUAACAAAAUUCGACUAUAUGAACAAGCUUCAUCAGAAUAAAAAAAUAUCCACAUUGGGUUACCAACUA